AUGGCCUUCUAUCUGCUCGCCGUGCUUGCCCUUAGCACCUUCAUUGGUCAGGCUUCUGCCAAAAAGGAUGAGUUCCCGCUGGUGUGGAUCUGCCUCGGCAUCACCGUUGUCGGUAUCAUCAUCGCCCUGUACGUCGCGUACCGCCGCCCCGAUGAGCUGCACCUGCCUGGCAUGACGGCAAUGACGGUAAAGGAGCAGGAAUCCAUUCCUGGAAACGUCGAACCCCAACAGAGAGAAAAUGAGGGGGUUUAAAAUCGAUACCCCUCCCCUGUAUGUCAGUUUCAUGACCGUUUAGAGCUGUUGGUUAUUUUUUUUAAAUAUAUUCAAACGUAUAUAUAUAUAUAUAUAUUCAUAGUAUUUAUAUUUAUGCAUUUGAAGCAAAAAAGACGGUUUGCAAUAAUUUGGCAUUUAGUUCUGAAAUAAUUGAUUACUAAUUUGUGAUUUGUCUGUUCUGGUAUAAUCAUUUGUACUAAUUUUUAAAGUUUUUAACUAACUUCUUACUAAACCAUAUUGGUAAUUACUCAUUUUUUCUGUUUUACGGUAUGAAGAAGGGAAAAAAUAGCAAUUUUUGUAAAUCAUGAAAUCAAGUGCAUUACUUAGUCAAAUUAAGACAUAGGUGUUGAAUGCAUGCUAGUUGGAGGAUAUAUAAUUUCUAAGGUAGUUAGAAUUUUACUUGAAAUAUGUAUUUUAAAAUACUCUAAUGGCUAAUUCUUUAAAAUUUCAUGUACUUCACGAA